CGUAGGCAAAGAUUAUUAUUUACAUCCACAAUAAUGUACAGUACGCUUUGCACAGGUUAAAUACCAGCCGUUCAUCCAGUGAAUUUUUGUCCAAAGUCAUUCAAGCAAGGAAGCGUCAAUGUCAUAUCACAUUAUUCUCAGAGGAAUACAGUUGUUGUUGUUCGGCUAAACAUGUCCGUGUCCUCCACGUGUAUCACCCACAUCGGGACAUACGAUGCCUCGACCAGAGACAUACCUGCUCUCGCUUUUGUGGAAAAAUACAGUGACAAAAUUGAUUCCCUCGAGAUAUCUGGCCCAUUCCACGACUGGUAUGCUCCAAGUUGCACCUUCUUCAACACCAAUGGCACCGUCUAUCAUGGCGGCGAUGAGAUUUGGACUUGGAUGAAGAGCCUCUUUGGGCCGUUUAGUGUUGUCUGCCAUAACGUGAAAGUAAUUCGCCUCGUCGAAGCUAUACCUACGGAAUCAGAUCCGGAGAAAGCUGCAUAUUGGGCUAUAAUAGAAACCGAAACGUCCUUUUCGAUGAAAGACCAACUAUUGGCUGGGGAUCCAAUUAUCGUCCCAAGGCUUCUAAUGUUCCUCAUCGGAAAAAGCGAGGUGGACGGUCAGGGAACGGACGGGCUGCAGAUUCUAGAAGCCAAAGUCUGGUGGGAUACGGAAGUUCUAGGACGGGAACUUACCACAAGAAAGGGGAAAUCUAGCCAGGAGCAUUGAGAUAUAAAUAUGUGCCCCUCUCCCUGUUUUUACUACGGUAAAGAGUCAAUGCCCCUGUCGUAAUCUUCAAGGAAAAGAAGGCUAAAUAUAUAACUGCUUCAUUUGUUUGACGAGACCUAAAUUAUGUAAUAGGUAGUAUCUCGUGGUUCCUAAAAUAUCAGUUAAUGCACAUAUCUUCCAAUCACUGUCAAUUGGCGCUGUUCAUUCGAUUGAUCACUAGCAAUUUUGGCGUCUCUACUCUCCGUGUUCAAUUAUCUUGACUGUUGCCAUCUUUCUUAUGUUUGACUCCGUGCAGCAUUAAAUAGUUCUC